AUGAGGGUUUCUCUGUCAAUUUUUGUAUUCUUAUCCUUUCUUCUUUCCAUCGAUGCGAUGAGGAAACAAGGAGUGGCUGUGAAAGGUAAAUUGAUGUGUGGGCUGACACCGGCGAAGGAUGCAAAAGUGAGAAUCGUCGAUUUGGAUACAGGACCCGAUCCCGAUGAUACCCUUGAUGAGAAGAGAGUCGGUGAUGAUGGAUUGUUCAGUCUAACCGGCACCACCCACGAAUUGACUCCGAUCGAUCCAGUGCUCUACAUUUGGCAUGAAUGCAAAGAUGAGGAUAAGGCUUGUUCUCGGAAACUUCGUUUCACGAUCCCCAAAAAGUUCAUUCACAAUGGGAAUCCGACUGAAGAGCAAUGGGUGGAUAUUGGUGUCCUCAAUUUGGAGGGAGCUUUCGAUAAAGAGGAACGAGAAUGCAUUAAA